AUGGCAUCUGAAGGCAAGGAAGUCUACCGGCUGGCCUGCCCCGAUGCCAGCAACUGCCCCGACAUGUACAUUUCGUACGGGCUACCAUUCACCAAGUCCUGUGCCAAGCACGCAGAACAAACAUUCCAAGCAAGGCGCGUGUAUAUAAUUGCCUCUACAAGCCUGUCCAAGCAGACAUCGCUGGUAUCAGAUCUAGAGCGAGCGCUCGGAGACCGACAUGCAAAGACCUGGACCGGCAUUCGCCCUCACACGCCCUGGGAUGACUUAGUGCCCAUCAUCAACGACAUCCGCAAGGCAGAACCUGAUCUGUUGGUUACGCUCGGUGGAGGGUCGCUGUCCGAUGGGGCGAAGGUGAUAGUCUAUGCGGUGGUCAACGGCGUCCAGACGGUCGACGACCUGGAUCGUCUCUACCAGGCUAAAGCUGCAGAUGGCACUCCUAUGCGCGAUAGGACCAGUGUGGGCAAUGAGCCAACCCUACCCAUCGUCUUCAUCCCCACUACGCUCUCAGCAGGGGAGUUCUCGUGCUAUGGAGGAUCUACUAACCCAGUUACCCUGCACAAACGCAUAAUGAAGCAUCCCAAGAUGUUUGCACGGCUAGUCAUUCUAGAUCCGCGUCUGACACUCACGACGCCGCAGUGGGUUUGGAUCUCAACUGGCGUCCGAGCUAUUGACCAUUGUGUUGAGGCGCUGUGCUCAAACGACUCGCUCUCGAAAGAACUGCUCCAGAUCGCGGAGAGAUCUCUCGCCACUCUGACAAAGAAUCUUCUGCUCACAGUGAAGGACCAGUCACAGCUCCAGCCUCGACUUGACUGUGCGAUUGCUGCAGGCGAUAUUGCAGGCAACCUGCUCUUAGCUCCGCACGUUUCUGUGGGCGCGAGCCAUGGGAUUGGUCAUCAGCUUGGGCCUCUAGGUGUUGGUCAUGGGCAAACCAGCUGCGUGCUGUUACCUGCCGUCCUUCGCUUCAACCGACUACGUUCGCCGCUGGACGGCGAUCAGACUGAGAAGCAGGACCGAGUCAAGCGAGCCAUCUGGGGCAGCGAUCCUAAGGUGGAGCAAAUUCUGACAGGCGAAGGAGGACUGGACCGGAAUUCAGCGGAUGCCAGUAUGACUGUGCGUGGUCUGUUCAAUGCAUUGGAUAUGCCGAGUACGCUCAAGGCUGUUGGCGUUGGUCCAAGCCACUUUGAUGCUUUGGCUGUGCAUAGCUUGGAUGAUCCAUGCACCGCUGCUAAUCCCGUGCCUUUGAAAAAGGAGGAUGUUUUGGAAAUUUUGGAAAGCGUAGCAGAGUGA